AUGAUCUCACAUGAAUGAAGUAAUGUUAUUUCUAACAAAAACACUUCCACUGCAAGAGCUUAGUAAUAAGUUUCACGUUAUGCUUCUAUAUUAUACUGUCCUAAUUGACUUGAUGUCCCAAUAUACCUGAAUUUACCUUCGUGUAAAAGUGCAUGUAGUAUAUAUUUAAACUUGAUUUAUUUAUGUACCUUAAAUCGUAUUUAAAAGUUGACUACUGCGUAUCCACGCUUCCGUGUGAAAGACACACAUUAAAGGUACAAAAGAUGUUCCAUCUUAGGGUCCCACCCCAGUGACAAGGAAGAGGUAGUUUAUUAACCAUACAGUUAUUGUUGUUGUUGUUCUGAGAGUUUAUAGAAGGUGCUGUGAAUGACCCGCUGUAGUUAUGGGACUGGUCUGUUCAAUUAUUUGAAGCAUAUCGGAUUGAACCUGGAUUUACACACCGAUCCUCACCGCACUUGCGUUCGUAAUUGGCGCGAGUGACGUCAUGGCACGUCAGGCCACGCAGCUGCGCGCGCCUCCGCACCAAAACUCACUCAAAACUCCAUGACAAUAGAGUGAGCGGAGAGUGAAGCCCGGUGCGCGCGCUCAAAGCUUAAAGCUCAGCGUCAGGCUCGAGACACAUCAAACUGCCUGAGAACACACACACACACACAUACACACACACAGAGAGAGAAAGAGAGAGAUUUCCCUGGAAACCACGUUAACUACAAACUGUCGGAUUUUGGGCAAAUCUGUGUUGAUUGGAGGAGCAGUGAAACUGUCAGACAGGCUUCGUGGAUGGAUUGAGCGUCUGUGAGAGUUUGUAAAGCUCAAGUGUGUAUGAUUGCGUUUAUUUUGAGGUUUUCCGCUAACUGGAGAACUGAAUAUGAGAGCAUCAUUUAUUUUAACGGCUGAAGGAAAAGCGCUAGAGGUGUUCCAGAUCUCGAGAUGGUAACUAAACCGGAGACGGGAGUGGACUAGACUCCAUAAGAUCUGCUGUUACGUUUUGAACACACAGAGGAGCAUUAACCGACGCGUGUAAUAGACAUCAAGUGAACGGUUUGUGCGGCAUGGCGCGCUGGGUAAGCUGUCUCGUUCUGGGUUAUCUCACAUGGCACUUGUACAUCCCCGAUGUGCGGGGAGAGUACUGUCACGGCUGGCUGGACAACAGCGGAAACUACCACGAAGGCUUCCAGUGUCCGGAGCACUUGGACACGGCGGACGCGGCAGUGUGUUGCGGGAGCUGCGCGCUGCGGUACUGCUGUGCUGCCACGGACGCGCGCCUGGACCAGGGCAGCUGCACCAACCACCGGGACAGCGAGCACACGGAAUACACACCGCAACCUAUCUACAUGCCGUUCCUGAUGGUUGGCUCCAUUUUUGUGGCGUUUGUGGUCAUUGGCUCGUUGGUGGCUGUAUACUGUUGUACGUGUUUACGGCCCAAACAGCCGACCCAGCAGCCGAUCCGCUUCUCCCUGCGUAGCUGCCAGGGCGAGACCAUCCCCAUGAUCCUGACUGCAGGGGCGGCACCUACCAACCUGCGCGCACCAUCUCGCCAGUCCAGCACGGCUACAACAAGCUCCAGCAGUGCUGGCGGGGGCAGCUCACUGCGCCGCUUCUCUCUGAGCAGAUCUGAUGUUCUGGGACUCCAGCAGCCCCCGCAGCAGCUCCUGCUGGCCUCAGCCUCUUCUGUAUCCACACCAGUGUCCCUGGCACCAGCUCAGCCCUUACUGCCUCCUCCACCUCCACCUCCAUACUCAUCUCCACAGUGCCUGCAGGGCAGCGUGUCUUACGUGCACACACACCAACACGGCCACCAUCAGAGCCUCCACACGGCCCAGAGCUCCAACCUCCUCCUGUCUCAGCAGUACUUCUUCCCCUUGCAGCCGGAGCCGUUUGGUGGGAGUAAAGGCUUUGCUGACUUCAACCAGAGCUGAUCUGGAGCUUCAGGAACAGGACACUGGACACACUAUUUCUCUAGCCUGAACUGGAAUACAAUAUGAAGUGAUGCUUCUUUUGGGGGGGAAAAAAGAAGGGAAAAAAAAAAGUAGUUGUCAGGCUUUUUGUUGAGUUGCAGAGGGUUUGGUUGAAGCUGAAGAGCUGCUGAAACUAGCAGGAACGAGACAGGCACAUAACUACAGAGGAAAGCACAAUAUUUUUGUCUGGAACUCACGCAGGCCCCUGUUUGCACCUCUUAAUAAAUUAUAUUCAAUUUAUGCACUUUUAUCGUGUUUUAUAUAAAUAUUUCUAUCUUUCUGGAUGUUCGAUAAAGCGAAUUAACACGGGACGCUCAAGGAAAGGACUGUAAGAAUGAAGACCUAUUUAGAAGAAUUAUUCUGGACUACUUGGUUCUCAUUGACGGAAUUAAAACAACGCAAACCAGGAAUGAAAACAAUCUUUUAGACAAUCACAGAUACGGUUACGGUUUACUAGAUAGAGAGUGCAGAGUGUGUACGUGUUUGUGCGGAUGUGUGCGUUUGCUUUGUAGAACGAGAUUAAAAUAUGUAGUUGCCUAAACCAGGGAAGCCGAUUGUCCACAUUAAAAAAAAAACUGUUUUUUUUUUUUUUUGUUCGUGCUGAUAUGUAUAUUUUACAGCACAUUAUGUUUGCUCAGUGAAAAGAAUAGCUACUAACGUCGAGCCAUGUUUCUUCACAUUCCUCGCUCCUCUCUAAACUACAACAGAGUAAGACACAGCUACCUCUGGGACUGUUUUUCUUUUCAACUGUUUGUUUUUCCAUGAUCUGGUUUAGGUUUUGUAUUUCAUUUAGCAUAAUUCAUAGAAAGCUGCAUAAUUGCCCAUAAUCGUGCUGGUUUCAGGUUACGUUGACAGUUACACGCUCUCUGCUAGAUUUGUGGUGAGCGAAAUGCUCCGAGCGCUCACGUUACUGAAAUAUCGGACCAACCGGAGCGGCGCAUCGAGCUGGGGAACAGUCAUGUACGAGAACUGUGUGAACACUCUGUUCUGCUGUUUAAAAACAAUCUGAUUAAAUGUCACAUUUUUAAAUAAUUUUGCUGUAAUAAAGUAGUAACUUUUCUUCAAAGGGUUUUCUCUGAAUGUGGGAACAGUCUCAUGAUGUAUUCAUGUAAGAAAUAGGGAUUUUUAAAAUGAUUUUUAAUACAAGGCAGAAAUCUGCAGUUUUUCUGACCAACACUGUACAUUAUACAAGAUGGGAAAAUAGUUUACUCCAAGGACAAACUCAGAACAGGCCACCAAGACCGAUACUGAUGCUUUCGUUGUAAAAAUAUUUACUGAACUAUACUGGAGCAUUUCGGCAAUCCCCAGACGAUCCGGACAGGAACUGAAACAAACGGCAGUAAAAUGAGAAAUCUAGUCAUCAGAGAUGGCAUCUAUUUAGUACACAUGAACUGGGUUGAUAGUUUCUGGGGUCCUCUCCGCCUUUUCCUGUUUAGUUUCUCACGGCUGUGUGCGUGUGUUUGUCUGCCCAAUUUAUAAUGAUUCAAUUUUCUUAAUUACAGGAUAAAAUAAAUACAGUACACACCAACACUCCAGCGAGUCUUCAAGCCAGAGUUCAACUCUUGCAAAUGUGUGUAACGAGUUGGAUUUGUGAAAGGAAACCAAAGAAAAGUGAACAGAAAACAUUUUUUUCCAUUUACAUGCAAUACGAGGACCGUACGGAUUCGUGCUUAUCCCACAGGGUCGUGUCUAAACGAAGCAGAGAAGAAAUUUAGGCCUAAAUGCAGUCAACAUGAUUCAAACCCAUUGAAGCUCAUAAACAGGUUUAGUACGGUACAGGCCGAGGCCCGGAGACGAAGCAGACAGAAACAUCCAGCUAAAGAACACCACAGUGUGGCAAAUAAACCAAGAGCAUGGGACGCCGUGAUUCAUAGUAGUUUACACAAGAACCUGGAAUUUACAUGACUGCAAUAUUUUAUUCUUUUACAGUCUUCAUGAGCGAUAAACACAACAUGUCCCGACGCAGUGUUUAUUGACGGAAUCUACAGGUUUAACACAAAAUUAUUUACCGGGUUGAAUGAUUUGGUGGAUUUACACUGGUCUAGACAGGAAAU